AUGGCAGAAAGUGAAAAUGUGGUAAGCAACAAGCAGGUUCUUUGUAGAGAGCUUUUCGUUGGAUUUCCAAAAGCAUCAUACUUGCAAAUUGGCACUAGCACGAUCCAACUUAAGGUUCCCCAAGGAUCAAAUGCUGUUCUUGUUAAGAAUCUCUACUUGUCUUGUGAUCCUUACAUGCGAGGUGAAAAGGAUACCUCCCGGGACAAAGAAUUUCACUCUUUUGUUGUUGAUUCUCCAUUAAUAGGCUAUGGAGUAGCUAAAGUUGUGGAUUCCAGCUGCCCAGAUUUCAAGGAAGGAGACAUAGUUUGGGGGAUAACAAAAUGGGAAGAGUACAGUCUCCUCACCAAUCUCAAAAGCCUAGUUAAAAUCCAGCACACUGAUGUACCCCUUUCUUACUAUAAUGGAAUACUUGGAAUGCCUGGCCAUACUGCUUACGUUGGUUUUCAUGAAAUCUGUAAACCUAAGAAGGGAGAAUAUGUAUAUGUUUCAUCGGCAUACGGUGCCGUUGGUCAGGUUGUUGGACAAUUGGCUAAGUUGAUGGGUUGCUAUGUUGUUGGAAGUGCUGGAAGUAAAGACAAGGUUGAUCUAUUGAAGAACAAGUUAGGAUUUGAUAAUGCUUUCAAUUAUAAGGAAGAACCUGAUUUGGAUGCAGCUUUGAAAAGGUGA